AUGAACACCGCCGACGCCAAGGAGUACCUGGCCCGCAGGGAGAUCCCGCUCCUUUUCGAGAGCCUUUUGAAUGGAUUGAUGUGUUCUAAGCCUGAAGACCCAGUAGAGUACUUGGAAAGUUGUUUACAGAAAGUAAAGGAACUAGGCGGCUGUGAGAAGGUGAAAUGGGAUACGUUUGUCAGCCAGGAAAAGAAGGCUUUACCUCCCCUCAACGGAGGACAGUCACGGAGAUCCUUCCUAAGAUCUGUAAUGCCUGAAAAUUCAAACUUUCCUUAUCGGCGGUAUGAUCGGCUCCCUCCAAUCCAUCAAUUCUCCAUAGAAAGUGAUACAGAUCUCUCUGAGACUGCAGAGUUAAUUGAAGAAUACGAGGUUUUUGAUCCUACUAGACCUCGGCCAAAAAUCAUUCUUGUCAUAGGUGGUCCAGGAAGUGGGAAGGGUACUCAAAGUUUGAAAAUCGCAGAACGUUAUAGAUUCCAAUACAUUUCAGUGGGAGAAUUGUUAAGAAAGAAGAUCCACAGUGCCAGCAGCAACAGGAAAUGGAGUCUCAUUGCCAAAAUAAUUACAACUGGAGAAUUGGCCCCACAGGAAACCACAAUUACAGAGAUAAAACAGAGAUUGAUGCAAAUUCCUGAUGAAGAGGGCAUUGUUAUUGAUGGAUUCCCAAGAGAUGUUGCCCAGGCUCUGUCUUUUGAGGACCAAAUCUGCACUCCCGACUUGGUGGUAUUCCUGGCUUGCACCAAUCAGAGGCUCAAGGAAAGACUGCUGAAGCGCGCUGAGCAACAGGGGCGGCCUGAUGACAACCUGAAAGCUACGCAACGGAGGCUAAUGAACUUCAAGCAGAACGCCGCCCCGCUGGUGAAAUACUUCCAGGAGAAGGGGCUCAUCGUGACAUUUGAUGCCGACCGAGACGAGGAUGAGGUAUUCUAUGACAUCAGCAUGGCGGUGGACAGCAAGUUAUUUCCGAACAAAGAGGCUGCAGCAAGUUCAGGUGACUUUGAUUCUUCGAUGAUGUUAGACUCUGGAGAGAUCGCUGACACAGGAUCUGAUUAUGAAGACCAGGGCGAUGACCAGUUGAAUGUGUUUGGAGAGCACCCCAUGGGAGGUUUCAUGGAAGAUUUGAGGAAGUGUAAGAUUAUUUUCAUGAUUGGUGGCCCGGGCUCUGGCAAAGGCACGCAGUGUGAAAAGCUGGUGGAAAAAUACGGGUUCACACACCUCGCGACGGGCGCGCUCCUGCGUCACGAGCUGUCGUCGGACUCGGAGAGAAGCAAACUGAUCAGAGACACCAUGGAGCGCGGAGACCUGGUGCCCUCCGGCGUCCUCCUGGAGCUGCUGCAGGAGGCCAUGGCGGCCAGCCUCCGCCACACCACCGGCUUCCUGAUCGACGGCUACCCCCGGGAGGUGAAGCAAGGCGAAGAGUUUGGGCGCAGGAUUGGAGACCCGCACCUGGUGAUCUGCAUGGACUGCUCCGCGGACACCAUGACCAGCCGCCUCCGCCAGAGGAGCCAGAGCAGCCCGGGCGGGAGCAGCACCGCCGCCGUGGCCAAGCGCCUGGAAGCCUACCACCGCGCGGCCAUCCCCGUGAUCGCCUACUACGAGGCGAAGGCACGGCUACAGAAGAUAAAUGCAGAGGGGACACCAGAGGAAGUUUUUCUUCAACUCUGCACAGCGAUUGACUCUAUUUUCUGA